AUGAACUGCAGCGAGAGCCAACGGCUGCAAACCCUCUUGAACCGCCUGCUGCUGGAGCUGCACCAUCGGGGCAACGCCAGCGGCCUGGGUGUCGGCCCGGGCCCGAGUAUGGGCAUGGGGGUCGUGCCUGACCCUUUUGUGGGCCGCGACGUGACCAGCGCCAAGGGCAACGAUGCUUAUCUCUACAUCCUGCUCAUCAUGAUCUUUUACGCCUGCCUAGCCGGAGGCCUCAUCCUGGCCUACACCCGCUCCCGCAAGCUCGUCGAGGCCAAGGACGAGCCACCCCUGGCCUGCGUUGCUGAGCAGGAAUGGGUCCCCACCGCCUCCGCCUUGGCAGACCCGGAGAAUGGCCAGGGCUUCCUGGCUGAGGGCGGCCGCCAGCUCGCACCAGGGGCGCUGCCUGCGAUAGCCCAGGGCGCUGAGCGGGUCUAG